UGUAAUCUGUUGGGCCUUCAUUUGUCGUCUGUGACGAUUGUGUGUUGGCUUUCAAAUAAAAAAAAUUAAUUAAUUUAUUAUAUUACAAAUGUAUGUUUAUUCUGGACGUUCUACAUAUAAAUAAUAUUAACUUGUACUUGGAGUGUCCGAGGAAAGUCACGCGUUUUCUUUCUUUUUGGUUUCACAGUAUUUUGUACUGCAAGUGAACAUCCUUAAAAUAAUUUAUCAGUAAUUCGAUUACAGUUGUGUGCUUUUUAGAGUCCACAAUGGAGGCGUCAUAUCAAGGUGGUGUAUCAUAUGAGAGCAAUGAUAGCUUUCAACGAAUCACUCAAACAAUUGCAAGCAAUAUCAAAAAAAUAUCACAAAAUGUUUUGUCCAUGAACAAGAUGAUAAACCAGCUUCAGACGCCGCAAGACUCUCAGGAGCUUAGGAAUCAAUUGCGUCAGAUUCAGAACUACACUCAAAAGCUGGCGAAGGACACGUCCACCAUGAUCAUGGAGCUGAUGAAGAUGCCGACGGACGCGCACGCCAACAAGCUCACCAGAGACCGCCUCCGCGACGAGUACAUGGCCACCUUGAACGCGUUCCAGGCGACGCAGAAGACAGCCGCACAGAAGACUAAAGAAGAUGUACGGAAGGCCAAAGCAAACAGCGGCAUCAGUCUCCCGGACCCUUUCUCCUACGGCGAUCGCGCGGAGAGCGGUGAGGCGGGCCGCGUGCGCUCGCAGCAGCUGCAGCUGGCGGCGCAGAGCGAGACGGAGCUACAGGAGUUGCAGGAGCGCGAGAGGGAUAUCCGACAGCUGGAGAACGACAUAUUGGACGUGAACUCGAUCUUCAAGGAGCUCGGCACCAUGAUCCACGAGCAGGGCGCCGUGGUGAGCAGCAUCGAGUCGAGCGUGGAGUACGCGGCGCAGGACGUGGAGGCCGCCACCCGGGAGCUCAACACCGCCGCCACUUACAAGAACAAGUUGAGGAAGAAGAAGAUCUACCUGGCGAUAAUCCUGAUCAUAGUGAUCGCUAUCAUACUCAUAAUCCUGUUCGCGCACUGAGCCGUCCGAAUGUGCUGACUCGACCCGCCCCUGCCUCCUUCGCAAGUAUCGUCACCACACAUCACACAUAAAAAAUAUUAUUUUAACCCAUUUUAUUAUAUCAAAUUAAGUUACCACGAUAAUCAGGUUGAAGGCCCUUUUAAAAUUAUUUAUUUCAUCAUUUGAAUAUACAUUAUGUACAUAUAUUCCUAUGAUAGUCAGGGAUCCCUAGAACAUUACACCUGAUUACUAACAAGGUUAUUCGUGAGUAGCUUCAUCUGGAUGAGACGAUCAACUUUUUUAUUUACGAAAAUUCUUGAUUCUGGUAGCUAAAUGAGUUACCAGGAAAUGAAAAUUUUAGAGCGUCGGAACGAGAUAAUGUAGUUACCUCAGUUAAUUUGCUUGUUAGUAAUAAGUUGUACAAAAUGUUCUAGGGAUCCCUGACUAUGAUCCCUGUGAGAUUUAAGAAAACUUAUUUUUUUUUAAUUUUAAAUGAAUUGCAUUUUUAUGACGUAAUGUUAUGUUACCAGUUUUAAAAAUAUGACGUCACUUUUACGGAAAAUUAACACAAGCCAUAAUGAUCGGUUGACAGUCUCUGCUCGCACUGUUUUUAUGUAUUUACUAGUACUUUUCCGUAUAGUACUCGGUGCUAGUGUUUUUCAGAUAGCAUGGGUACGGUGACAGUUCGUGUCACUCUUAAAAGUUUGCCGCGAUUCACCAUAUAAUAGUACACAUUAUGAACGUCAUAAGGCAACUGUCACCAUCUGAAAAACACUUUAGAGAUGUGACUGGUUAAAGCAGUUUACAUCUUUAAUGUAAUAAUUGUUUAUGCUAUAUUUUUUAAAUGUAAUGAAAUAAAUCUUCAGUUUAAUCUUAAUUGAUUAUUGCAUAUUUUGACGCUAAAUGAAAUUAAUAUUGUUUUAACAAUUGUGUAAAUAUGUUUUGUGCUUAAUUAAAUUAUAUUGUAAUUUUAUAAUUAUUGUAUUAUGUAUUAAAAUACAUAUAUUGUAUUUGAAUUAACCCACUAUAUCUCCAACCCUCUCAUUGGGAUCUCAGGUCCAAAUUACCCCACGGGUGAGCUAUAAGGAUACUUCGAGUUACACUGACUUACGUUGUGUUCUAGUGUUAAUCUCAUUGAGCUCUUAUAGUAAAAGGACGCACAGUUAUGUAGAAAAUUUCACUUAAAAACUGGUCCAUUUUGCUUUGACAGUUUUAGAAUUAUUGGUAAAGAAAAUUAUAGCUAAAGGCCUUAAAUUUUCAAUAAAAUUCCAAAUUCAGAGCAAAUUCAACGUUAAGGUUGAAUUUGCAAAUGUGACUACUUGAAUUGAGUGCCAAAAAGUUGUGUUUGGCACUCAUUGAGUGUGGACGUUUUUUGGUCGCUAAUUGUGCAUCCACUUUAUAAUAGGAGAUCGAUGGUUAAACUUGAUAUAUUGUACAUUCCAUGGGGAGAUUGUCAAUUUUAAUUACUAAAUGCAAUGAGAUUAUUUAUCUAUGAUACUUAAUUACUUUAGCGAAAAUAUUUUAUUUAAUCAAAUUGAUACAUUUAUACUCAAUAUUCAUGAAAUUUUGAAUCGUGGUUGCUGAUUAAUAUUUUAUUUAUUCGGUCGUCGCUUACUCAUAUCGCUCGAACAUUGCACACCACAUAUAAUCCACAUUAGAAUGUGCUGCGCUGGAGCGAUUUAUUAAAAAUACAUAUUUGCAAAUAAAACGUCCAAAUGUAUGUAUGGUUAAAACAGAAUCAUGUAUUAUUAUUAUAAGUUCAUUAUAAUUUAGUAUUUACAUUACCUACUCAUAAUGUUACUCAUGACUAUUUUUAUAUUUUAAUCUAAUAUUAAUUCUUCUUAAUAUAUUGAUUUUAAAAUAUUAUAUUACAAUCGUUAUUUCAUUUAUGAUUUUUUUCAUCUCACGUUAAAAUGCAAAUUAUUUUUGUAAAUAAGUUAUUAUUUAAAAAAAAAUAUAUAUAUAAGGCCGUUUGGUUUAAAAGCAAAUCGAUCAGCUUUAUAAUUUGAAGAAUCUUCAACACGUAUGAUGGCAAAUAUCGGAAGCGAUAUACCAAGUAUAUACAUACACAUACAUACAGCCGAACGUAGAACCUCCUUUUUUUAAGUCGGUUAAUAAAAGAGGUAAAGUUUGUCAGUUUCAGGGGCUAAUCUCUGUAUGUACGAAGCCGAUUUUGAAAAUCCUUUUAUCAAUGUAAAGCUACGUUAUUUGUGAGUGUCAUAGGCUAUACUUUAACCCCUUAAAUCCCACGGGAACGGAACUACGCCAGUGAAACCGCGUGGCGUUUGCUAGUCAUUUAUAAUUGUCAUAAAGCCUAACCCAAUUUGAUAAUUGAGGCAGGUUAUGUUUUUAUAAUAAUUGUAUAACUAUUAGACGUCAUACUUAUCUAUACCGACUUAAAGACUGGUCGAAGAAAAAUUAACCUGCGAAUAAUCGUUAGUGAAGGAUUCCAAAACAUUCGACGCGGAAUUAAACCCUGAGAAAGGGUUAUUUUUUAUUUUCGCAAAUUUUAUAACCUAAUAAAGGCCCUCAGCUUUUUGACGAUAACUCAAAAACUAUUAGUGAUAUUGUAAAUUCAAGAAAACACCCUUGAAGAAAAACAAAUUUACUAAAAAAACUGCAACUUGCAGAAGUCUGGCUAAACAGUUACUUUUUUAUAACCUAAAAUCAAAAUCCUAAAUUGUUUUUAGGUUGGCUAAAAUUUUGGCUUGCAGAAAAUUAAAAUAUACGCCUUUUGCAAAAUUAUUUUAUUAUAUGAUUAGUAAUUAUAAAAUGAUGAAUGUAGUUUGUAUUCUAUCAUCAAUUCUAACGAUUAUUCACAGUUUGAUUAGUCUAAUAUUGUAUAGUUGAUAAGUUUGUUACAAACUUAUCAAAAUGUUAUUUUAAAAUUGAGUAUUAUAUUACAAUUGCAUUACGAUGAAAUGUCGCGCUUUUAUAGUGCCACAUAAUAAAGUUGACAUUUUUUUGCAAAGGAUCUUAAAUUGUUCUACUAGAUUGAAAAAAAAAUUAUAUUUUUGAGAUACGAUUGAACAAAUUUCGGGAUCCGCACCGGAGAGAAAAUAAAACAACCAAGGCACUCGGCCGCUCCAAUGCGAAUCUUGUUUAUUGUAAAAAACUUCACAAUAUAUACCUUUUGUACGAACCACUCGAUAUCGCGAUACAAAGUUACGGACUUCACAUACACUGCCAUCUAUCGGCACAUCGCGUCGAAUGGUCGAUUAUACAACGAUCAAAAUUUCUUUUUUUUUUUUAAAUACGUGCCAAUACGUUGUCGUUCAUGAUGGUCUAUAUUUCAACUGUUUCAUGGCGGCACACUAACACUAAACCUUAAUAACCAGAUGGAGUGUUUGACAAAAUUAUUAGUUAAUUAUUAGUUUGACGUUUAUACUAAUUAGUGACAUCGUGACGUCACAAAAUGGACGACAGCGUUUUUAACGUUUGUAAAAUUUGAUUAUGUACAUAAUUUUUGAAUUGAGUUUACUAUAAAAUCCUUAACUUUUAUUAAUGGACUAGCGGACGCCCGCGACUUCGUUCGCGUGAAUCUCGAUGUAAACUUUCAACUACCCGUACCCUACCUUCUCAACCCUACCCCUUUCAUUUAUUAAUUUUUUUCUGUCAUAAGAACCUUCUCCUGACAAUAACAAACAACUCCUGACAAUGUGUCGACGCAACGCACUCAUGAGGCAUCACUUUAUCGUAAAGAAACAACUGACCCAGGUAGUCUCUGUAAGGGUCACGUAUUCAACAAACAUUUCACAAUUAACUGCCUAAUGAAACGACCCUCUUGAGUGGUUAGUGCGAGGUUCUGUACGUAUUUGAUAGCGUAAAUUGAAUUAAUAUGCAAUUGAAACAGCGCCAUCUACGUAGAUUGUAUUUUAUCUUACUCUCACUAGAUGGCGUAAAAGUUAACUUGGGUUUGUAUGAAAUUGCAUUUUAAAAAUCAGAGAAAAUACAAUCCAACUUAUUUUCCAAUUCCUCGAUGGGUUCCUAAACUACUGAAGCAAUUUAAAUCAAUUUUACACACUGUGUGCAGAUUGAUCCGCCUUGAAAGGGGGUAGUUUAGGAGUAGGGUAGGUUUUAGGGUAGAGGUAGGGAAGAAUUAAGAGCACAGAAGUCAAUGCGAAGCUUGACCGGGUCCGCUAGUUCCAUACAAAUUCACUUUACGCGAUCGAUUGAGACAUACGCGCACUCGACACCAUGACUAGAAUUUGUCAUAUAUAGUGUGACAUAAAGGAGUAGAAGUUAAUAAAAAUGGGACUAAUAAACUCGCUAUGUGGCAACACCACGUUUACUAACAUUAACACAGCGAUCUAUAGUUAUAGAGCAACCAAUUAUUAUUGAUAGUUUUAUCGGAUUAUUAAAACCAUAGUGGAAAAUCGGAUAAUUACCAGAUGAAUUACAAUAAAUAUCAUUUAUUUAGAUGAGAUUUACUUUAAAUUUAAAUUUGAUAAAUAUAAAUCAUUAAAUCAGCUAUCUUAGUACUCUUCGGCACUAGAUGGUGAGUGUAAAUAUUUUCCAAAUAUAUUUUAUUUAUUUAUUUAUAGGUAUUAGAUAGUAGGUAUAUAAUAUAAUUUUCAACAGAUUAUCUUAUUUAAAAUAAGAACAAACAUUAGCUAUGUAUAGAACAAAAUAUCAAUCAUCAACAAGGUUGUACAUGACAGUACACAGGGUUACCAUAAGAACGACAAUAAGUGACUACAGCGCCCUCAUUUAUUUUCUACUCUUUUAUGUCGAACUAUACCUACCAGCGGCGAAGAGUCCAUACAGGCCGAUUCCCGCCGGGUUACCUUUUAAAAACCAUACAUAUUCAUUAUUGAAAUAAAUAUAUUAUCCAGGUAAUAUGGAUGUAUGAGAAACCGGAGUUUGUAUCAAGCGGUAUGAACAUCCUUUUCUUUGGGACGGCUUACCUUCGUCAAAAUUCCAUCCUUCGCCACUGAUACCUACUCACCUAAUUCUAAGCUCACAACUGCGUUUUGAUAUUGUAUUAUAUUACUAACAAUUACUUAUAAAUAAAUUUGUAUUAGUGAAAUGAUAUUCUAUGUGCGCCACUUCUAGUGACGUUCAAAUCGUAACAAAAAAUUUUGACAUCGACUUUUACCUCUGAACCUAGUUAUAGUGAAUGGAUUUUAAUUAUUUUUAUUUUAUUUAAAUGCUUAGGCUAUUUACUAAAAUGUAUACUUAUUAUACCUACCGCAUUUUUGUUUAAUCUUCGCUACUUACUUCGAACUAAAAAUAAAGUGUAGAUAUUGAUUUAGUUUUUCGAAAAUCAAGUUUUCAUCGAAUCUCAACUUAUGAAAGCACCUAGAAAGCAGUUAUCUUGACUAUUUUUUCGAUCGUUCAUAAAUUUUUGAUAAAAGCGAUAUUAUUCAAAUUAUUUUACAUUUCAAGUUAUCAAAAAAAAAAAAACAAAAUUGACCUUUUCUUUUCCCUAAUCUCCGAAACAACUGAAACUAAUAUUUUGAACAAAAUACAGAAAUUAGCUUUCUACAGACAUAUUAUUAAAGGAAAACUAUGAAAAAUUAUUUAAGAGGAAUAUUGGAUAAUUAAAAAAAAGUAUAAAUGCAACUGCAUCGUGUUACAUAUCAAAUUAAAGUGUUAGUUAAGAGCUUAAUUAUACUUAAAUUUGAAACUUAAUGAAAAUAAUUUUCAUAAAGUUUCUUAAAAAUAUGUAGGUAUAUCAUUAGUUUUUAUUGGAAAAACUUUUUAUUAUAAAGCAUAAGAAAUCAAAUGGAAAAAAUCAUUAAAAUCCAUUUAAUAACUGGAUUCCUUCAUUUAUCGUUGAUAGCGGUUAAAUUGACUCGAUUAAAUGUAAUUUUCGUACCAAUAAAUAGGAACACACGUCACACACUUGACGUAUGUACACCUAACCACAUCCAAAGCCUGACAGACUAUAGUCGGAUGCAAUCAAUAAGACGUGUCUGAACAUCGUGCGAGCUGCAAACAAGAUUUUAGCUCGCCUCCCUCACACCCGCGGUCGCCUCAUUCGUCUUAAUUUUAUCUUGUUUUUUUUACAAGUUAGCCCUUGACUACAAUCUCACGUGAUGGUAAGUGAAGAUGCAGAUGGAAGCGGGCUAACUAGUUCGGAGAAGGAUGAAAAUCCACACCCUUUUCGGUUUCUACACGACAUCGUACCGCUAAAUCGCUUGGCGGUACGUCUUUGUCGGUAAGGUGAUAACUAGCCACGGCUGAAUCCUCCCACCAGCCAGACGUGGACCAAUUAAGAAAAUCUCAAUCGGCCCAGCCAGGGAUCAAACCCAGGACCUCUGUUUUAUAAAUCCACCGCACAUACCACUGCGCCACGGAGGCCGUCGAAUUUUAUGUAUGACUUGCGCGGAGACACCUGCGGCUCAUUUCGGAGACGUCAUAAAGAUUGUGUCCGAUUAUACCAUAAGUAGACAAACGUUUUUUCUUGAGUUCUUAAGAUGUAUAUAGGGUUGCCACCAGUUUUUAGGGUUCCUAAUUUGCGUAUGUACAAAAACGGAACCAUUUUACGAUCACACGCGUUACUGUGUGCCUAGUGGGAGUUUUCAAUAUUUUCAUACUGUUACUAUCACGUUGACGUUUACGCAAAUUUAUAUGGAAUUGAAACAGUUGUGCAGUAGUGCCACUAGAUGGCGUUGUUUCAAUUCCUUAGAAAUUCGCGUUUACGUUACGUGACAGUAACAGUAUCAAACUGCCACUAGGCCCUCUGAAUGUCCGUCUGUCACAUUAAAUUUUUAAUUAUAUAGUAUUGUACGUUAUUUCACAUGAUUUGAUUUGUACGAGUUUUAUUUAGAUUUUUAAACUUUUGUUUGUUUUGUAAACUGACGCAAUAAAGUCUUACUUUCAAAUUUAUUUACAUAACUUUAAACACCGACUGUGAGAUGGUAUUAUGAUAGCUUUUUAUUUGGUUAUUUUAACACUAGUUGAUUUUCAACAUAUAUUAAUAAGUAGGUAUACUUUUUGUACGAAAAAGGUGGCAUCCCUAUGAGUAUAUCAUGUAAAAGCAUUCAUGAUAUUUCUAUUUUCUCUCAUCAAUAUAUUGAAUGAGCCCUUACGCUUUGAAUGUCACACAAUGUAUAGCCGGACCAGAAAAAUAAAAACCUCGCCUCGCAGGAAACAAUAGUAGAUUGUUAUACAAGGGGCUAAAAAGACCCAUUAUAUACGAGGUAUUUUUAGACCUAAAUAGAAACCGAGUUUAUAAUGGGUUUAGCCCCGCGUGUUACACAAUACUUUUCACUACAAUUGCGAGAAAACAAAAUAACUCGGUACAGUAUUCAAUGUUUUAUUUUAUUUGAAAAUUAAAAUGUAGGUACAAAAUGCUACAACUUUGGAUGUUUCGGGGAGAUGCUUUUACCCGGUAACUUAAUUUCCGACUACAGUGAAGUUGAAUAAUGAGUAUGAGGGGUAAACAUGUUAGAUAAUUGUUUAAAAAACACCAUGCGUAAGUUGUAAGUAAGAAUGCACUUGUGAACCACAAGUCGGUUUUUCUCCACUUAUUAAAUUUUUCGUAAGUAGGUGUUUCAUUUGUAAGUCUUUUGAUCCAUCACCAUUCUCUCUAGAUAAAAGACAUAACAAUUAAUGUUGCGAAACAUGUAAAUUACGGUCACAAAUUCACAAUUAAUUUAUUUAAAAAUAUCAAGUAAUCAGAUAAUUCACGACAAUAAUUGUUUUUAAAUUCUCGCACUUUAAUUAUAUUUUCUUUAUUAAUAUUUUUUUCCGUGAAGAAAAGGCAAAGGUAUUAGGUACACCGUACACCUUUGUCUUCAAAUCUCGCUCUAUAAAUUCGCAACUCAAUAAAAAUUCAAUAAAAAAAAUAACCGCAUUCCACAGACAAGAACGCUGCAUUUUAUUCCAAUUCCAAGUUUUAUUUUUACCAAACAGUCAGGACCUUACCUCUGGCUCAAUCGCUCGACGCGCGAAGCCAUAUAACCAAAAGAAGAAGAAGAAGGUCCUUACUGGAUGAUUCUAUUUACGAAUAAAACCUCCAUGGUUAUAAAGUAGGCUAGUACUUGGCUAGUACUCGUAACAGAGAAUAAUUAAAAAAACAAAAUUACUUUAGCCCCUAGAGGCUAAUAUGCUUGUUUAGCCCCGCUGUGGAGUGGUAAUAUGACUAUGUUUUUGAGCAAGAGUAGUGAAAAGUAUAUUUUUAUUUGGCACCCCCAAGCCAGGCAUAUAUUUCUGGCCUGGCUAUACUGUACAGGCCACUAACCGUGUCCGAUAUAUUGUAAGUUGUAUGUUAGCUUGCAACAAUAUACUCGUCGAUGGUUGCA